UUAUUUUUGUUUGUAUGAGAAAUCUAAAGUAAAGUAAUAAUACCAGGCAGGAGACGAAUGAUGAAUGAUCUUGUUUUGAAUGAAGAAUCUGUGAUAGUACUUUAUUCUUCUAAGCUCCUUUAGACUUUUCGGUUCGAGUAACUAAUGUUUUCUCUCAAUUAAGUUAAGUGCGUUAAUGGGAUAUUAUCACUGCUUUGAGUAAACCCCACUUCUAACCUGGUCAAAACAAUGGAUACUGUGACUAUACUUUGCUCAAUAGGAUUUAUACAUUGUGUUUUAUUCUUUUUUAACACAAUUUUCAAGUCAUGUUGUCAUCUUCCGUACAUACUGUUUCUGAAGAAAACGGGCAUCGAUGUGAAAUUUAUGAUGUUACAAUGGGUUACCCCUUGUUUAAACCGCCCCCUUCAGAAAUGGGGAAUCUGGAGGCCUAGAUUCCUGCAAUGGUGGUUUUCCGUGGGAACAAUAACCACUGUACUACUUCUACCAUUUGCAAUUGUUUUGCUUGCUCGAACAAUAAUGAAAGAACUUAAACAAAGAUUGUCCACUGAGGCUCAUGAUCCUUCCGUGCUCGACACUGUGGUCAUAAUUCCUGGUUAUAACUUACCUCUCAGUGAUUUUGCUUAUUACGGAAUCACAAUUCUUCUUUGUACUUUUGUGCAUGAAGUUGGUCAUGCAGUUGCUGCUGUGCGGGAAGACGUUCAUAUUCACGGCACAGGGUUUUCUCUUUUUUUCAUCCUGCCUGCUGCUUACGUGUACUUAGAUACUAGCCAGCUAAAUGCUCUUGCACCAUCACGAAAGCUUCGAGUUUUAUGUGCAGGGGUGUGGCAUAAUAUUGUUUUGGCACUGUAUGCUCUACUUGUUCUUCUUGUUCUACCCAUUGCUUAUCAGCCCUUCUAUAUAUAUGGAGAGGGAGUUUCUGUGACUGAUAUAUCUCCCGAUUCGUCUGUUCUCGGCCCAACUGGCCUACGACAGUAUGAUGUUAUAACAGCACUGAAUGAGUGUCCUGUCACCAACUCAAUCUCAUGGAAGAAGUGCCUUUUGGAAGCUCUUCGAAAUCCAACUCCAGGUUACUGUAUUUCAGCAGAGUUUGUGCGAGAAAAUGAUGAAUCAAUUGCAGAACACCCUGUUGCUGGAGGUGCUGUUGAAUGUUGUUCAAAAGAUGCAAGUGCAUUAGGCCGCAUUUGUUUUCAACUUGUUGAUGAUUCUGGUGGGCCUGUUGCGCUACCAGAACUUUCUUGUCUUUCGGCCAGAGAACUCAUAGAGAGUGGAAAUGAAUUGUGUGCAACUCAAUCACUCAACUCGUGUGCUUCGCCCCUCCACUGCCUUCGUCCGACUAUUGGAAACCAUACCAAGCUUGUUACAAUUCAUCGUUCAGAAGGGCAGGUUGUUCUUUUCCUUGGUAAUCCAGCCGAAAUUUAUCAAACUGUGAAAGUCAGUGACUAUACUCCUAGGUGGGAGAGGUGCGAUCCAUUGGUACCUCAAGUUGUUGAAACAUUUACAAAGUACGUCUAUUUAAUAUCAUCAGGCCUAGCUGUAGCAAAUGUUCUCCCAGUGUUUUUCUUUGAUGGACAACAUAUAUCUGCUGUUCUAUGUGAUCUUCUUUUGGCUAAAUAUGUUAAUGAUUCAUCUACUAGACUUGCAAUAUCUCUAUGUUUGAAUGUACUUGGAACUCUCUUGCUUGUAACUGGAGUGUUAAUGCCUUUCCUCCUAAAAUAUGUCUAAUUCCUGGGAAAAAAAUUAAGUGACAAAGUGGCAAGUAAGGGGCAGGUUAAGUGGCAUGUAAGUGUCGGCAAUGCAGGUGUAGGAAAGGUUCUAUUUUGAAGUUGCAGUGAGGAUACUGAGGGUAGUCGCUUGUAAUUUUUGUGAAGGAAGGUUUACCAGUCCCUGCUGGAAACGUGUGGAACUUACGCAAUAGGCAACACCACAAGGGCUGUCUCAACAUGGUGUAGAAUUUCAACAGCUUUACCACUUUAGAUCUUUACCGCCAUUUCCUUGCUACUUGCUUACCUCUUCAAUGCACUUCACAGGAACGCAAACCACUUAACUGACACUUAAUAAAGUGGCCGUUAAGAGGCAGAAGUGCUACUUAACUGUCACUCUGCCCCUUAUUUUUCUCCCAGGGAUAGACAUCCUAUUGAUUUUUAAUUUUAACUUAAUAUGUGAUUGUUUUUAAAUCUGUAGGUCUACUUACAUUUUAGCAAACUGCCAUUGAUGCAACAAAUCUGUGAUCUGUGAUUUCUCUCCUAGUUCUUAAAUGUGAAGUAAAACUCUUCAUGUAAAAUAUCUUGUAACAUUAAAUUAGGUUUCAAUCUACCUUCUAUGUUUUACUUCCGACAGUGUUGGUUCUAUGAAUCAAGCUUGUAUAUAAUAUUUACCUAGUAAGAUGCAACAUGAUUAUCAUCAAUUCCAAGUAUGGCCAAGUAUUCAUUAAACUUACUUGGAAAGGAAAGGACAUUUUUUUCCAAGAAGCACUA